AUGACAAAAGCGUAUGGUCUUUUUCAGAAUCAAUUUGAAGAGAACUGUUUCAAAGUAUUUAUUGUGAGCACUAAAAAGACAGCAUCAAAAGUAAAUGAGAUAAUUAAACUCCAGGCUUUUCUUCAAAGUCUGAAUGACCGGAAAGACCUUGAGUUGAAUUAUAUAUCUUCAGCCUACGGCAUCCUGGCUCUGAUGGUGGGGGCACGCUCUGGAAAUCCUCAACAGAAAAGAGAAUUGCAUAAAAAGCUUAGUGCCAGAAGAGGUCGUAAUAUCAAUUACAUGAAUAAGAAGAUGGAUGGUGUAUACGAUGACUUCGCAAAUAGUCUCACAGAAGGAAGGUUCCACCAGCAUAGCAUAGUCCUGUCUCUCAUCUGGAGACAGAAGCAACAGACAGGCAGCCGCCUCUUCAGUCAGGGAUAA